CGGUGGCUACUGAAGAGGAGGAGGAGGAGGAGGAGGGGGAGAGGAGGGAGGUGUUUCUGUCAGUUCCGGCUGUUUGUUCGGGAAGUGGAUCCGCCGCUGCCGAAGCAGCCCGGAGGGAGCUGCGGAUCGCGAGGCCAGCACCGACCCCGCCCGCCCGCGCGCGCCUCCCCCGCCCGCCAUGGCCCGGGACUACGACCACCUCUUCAAGCUGCUCAUCAUCGGCGACAGCGGUGUGGGCAAGAGCAGUUUACUGUUACGUUUUGCCGACAACACUUUCUCAGGCAGCUACAUCACCACAAUCGGAGUGGAUUUCAAGAUUCGGACCGUGGAGAUCAACGGGGAGAAAGUGAAGCUGCAGAUCUGGGACACGGCCGGGCAGGAGCGCUUCCGCACCAUCACCUCCACGUAUUAUCGGGGGACCCACGGGGUCAUCGUGGUUUAUGACGUCACCAGUGCAGAGUCCUUUGUCAAUGUUAAGCGGUGGCUUCAUGAAAUCAACCAAAACUGUGAUGAUGUGUGCCGAAUAUUAGUGGGGAAUAAGAAUGACGACCCUGAGCGGAAGGUGGUGGAAACAGAAGAUGCCUACAAAUUCGCAGGGCAGAUGGGGAUCCAGUUGUUUGAGACCAGCGCCAAGGAGAAUGUCAAUGUGGAAGAGAUGUUCAACUGCAUCACAGAGCUUGUCCUCCGAGCAAAGAAGGACAACUUGGCCAAGCAGCAGCAGCAGCAACAGAACGACGUGGUGAAGCUCACGAAGAACAGUAAACGGAAGAAGCGCUGCUGCUAGGCCCCCCCGGCCCCCCCCAGCCCCCCCGCAGAGACUGCGCUGUGCCUGCUCCCCACCCGCGGCCCGCGGGGCUCCUCGGGGACAGUCGCAGCUUCGUGCCGUUAUUUAAAGAAUUCUCUCCCCGUUUUUGUAUCGGGAGGCGCCGUCGGCACUUCCUCCCCUCCCCCCGUGAGUGCCAAGAAGGUGUCGGACGACCUGCCCUUCCCUUCUGGUGCCCCCGGCCCGGGCACCUGGGCCCGGCGAGGCCGCGGCCAGCCGAGCAGACUGAGGACCCAGAGUGUGUACAUACGUGUAUUGCUUUAACCAGCCGCGUCACCCUCGUCACCCUCGUCCUGCUCUGGCUUUUGCCUCCUUCACGCCAGCCCGCUGCAGUAGACCCUCCCGUCCGUACCCCUCCCCAUCCCAUCUUCCGGCCGGUGGCUUCCUGAGGAGACAGGCUCGAGUUUUAGCCACACCUUUAGCCAACCUGGGCUGGUGGAGCGGGCCUUCCUCAUAACGUGUUCUCUCCUACAGGCUGUCGCCUUCUGUCCCUGGCACGUCAGGUCGCCCCCUCUUUCGGGGGGCCUGUGUCGUGUCUCUUCCCAGCCCAGCUCCCCCCCCACCCCCGCCGCCACCAUCAUCUGGCAGCUGGGGGAAACCCGGCCUGGAGGUAGGCUUGGGGGCUCCCAUUAGAGGCCUAGCCUUUUGGUCACCAGAUUUCUUGUCCUGCCUUCUAGAUGCCUCUGAACUACAACCCCAGGGAAACCGUGGCUUUUAACUUAUACCAACCUGUUUCAGUUCCAACAGAAAGGUAGGGGUGUGUUUGUGCAGGGAAGGGGGCUUGCAGGGGCACCGAGGUGCGUUAUUUUAACACAUAAAGAAAAUGAAGCCAAAUCAAAUGAAUUAAGUUUCUCACACUUUCUCUUCCUGAGGUCUGGUUGGCACAGCAGCAAAUGUUGUGGCCUCCCCGCUUUGGGUCCAGUGUUUUUAGAAAAAUUGAAUGGCUUCCUGUCAUCCUGGGGCUGGGUCUUGGCAGAGCAGCCUCGCCUUCCUGGCCAUUUCUUGGUGGGAGAGGAGAACGGGCCUCCCGCCCUCGUCUGUGUCGGCCCAGGGCUUUCCACAGAGCUCCCAGGUCUCCGUCGCGGCACCAGGCAGCCGUGGAUGUGAGGAGUGGGUGCCAGGCGCUGCUGGGCAGUGGGGACGUUGCCUGAGAGGUGGCCGGCAGGUGGACCCGGAUCACUGGCGGGACUGGGAGGAUUUGUUAGCGGCUGGGAAGGAUGGCAGCCCGGGGCUGGGAGCCAGCCAGCUUUGACUGUGGUGCCCUGGAGGAAAAAGCCAGGGUCAUCUGCACUUGAUUACUGUCCCCCUCGGGACACUUCAUUCACCUUUCCCCUAAAAGGAUCACGUCACCUGGGAAUAAUUUAUUUCAACACCAUGAUGUGUUUUGUUAGAUUUCUUUUCCUAGGCGAAUUCCAGGCAAAGCCCUGAUUGGACAAUCACAUCACAGAUCACACUGCAGAUUUUCCAUGUUAACACUGUUGAUGGGUUUUCAGUCAAUGCUGACCUGUCUCUCCACUUCCCCAGACUGCCAAAAGCCUGCGCUUCUCUGGGAGCAGGCCUUCACUGGAACUACCUGACGAGGUGGGGGAGCUCGGGGCCUGGGGAAGCGGGGCUGCGGAGGGUGGCCGCGGGGCCAGGAGCGAAAGUGUGGUCUCCGUCCUCAGGGCUGUGCUGGGUGACCAGAGGUCCUGUGCAGGACGCAGAGAGCUCGAGACUCCUGGGCGGGCAGCGUUCUCGACUCUGAGCAUUCACGUGACGUCAGUGUGGCAGUGCUUGCAAAUUCAAGCAAUAAGGGGAAGGGGCCCUGGAAGUUUCCAGCCUGGGCUAGAAGACACUAUGGCUCUGGCAACUGGACGUCCAGACCCAGGUGGUGGGGUGAUUUUGGUGACGACAGUGUGCCUGUCCCACUGAGUGUUACACGCAUGAAUGGGGGGUGGGGGUGGGGGGCUCACAGGGCUGGACUGACGUCCUGGUGGACCUGAUGUGAAAUUCCUGUCGAACAACAAAACUUUUAAAUGGUUUGCUAGGAUUAUUUCUGUAUUGAAAGUUUCUAAUUAUGCUUUUUAAAAAAAUACUAAAAAUAAAGGUUCAAG